AUGGAACCCGGAACGGAGGACAUUGUGGUAACAACUGUAGAACGUCUAGUGGCAACUGUAGGUAUCUCGGCUGACUGUCGUAUCGAAUGUCAUGCCUCCGAUGGGGAUAAGGAUGUUAAGUCAAAACUUUGCUUCGGCACACGCAUAGUGGGCGUGGAUGGUCAUAUGGUAACGGAUAGCGGUGAAUUGCGGGAGCUUCUGCAUUCACGGAGGGGGAAUACAGUACUGAUUGCAUUCGAGAGGGUUGACUGCUACGGUGAGAGGGUUGAAUUGAGGGGUAGUGUGGAGUGUAAUGGUGUGUCCAGUAGCGUUGCUCCACAGAAUCCAACUGAGACACAGCGGAAUCGAGUCGCCAAUGGCAAGCGACAGAGCGAUGUGGAGAAGCCAUCAAGUUUGGUGUCUUCUGCGUCGUCCUCACCGGCGGAAUCCGUUUCUGCCGCCAUCUCAUUUCCGAGUGUGGCGAAGAGAUGCAGUGACGAAGUUGAAGUGGGGCAUGACGAAGGCGGCUCCCAGUUGGCUUUCUCAUUCAGUAAUUUUUCUCUACCAGAGCUAAGCGGUAAAGUCAACCAAAUUCCUGGAAAGGAAGCCGGGUCGAUUACCGAGGGCCUGACGCCAUCACUUUUGGAGUUUGAGCAACUAAAAGUUUUGGGAAGGGGAUCCGACAUGAACUCCGCGAAUGGGGUGACUUCGUCGAGCCACCGUCCCGCAUCUUCUUCACGUACCAUUCGACGAAGUUUAGCCGCUGCUCUUGAUGGCGUUGAAAUAGGUUCGUGCAUUAUUUGUGUUUACCAAGAUGUGAAUCCAAUUGCUGAGCUGGAGUUCACUGCAGCAAAGAUGGGAGCUAGCGUUCUGACAGUUGAUCUCGGCGCGAAGCUUCGCCGGAGAACAAGACCGGAGGAGUUUGGAGAGCAGUUCGUAUCCGCCAUGACGGAGGGUAAAUGGUUCGUCAUGGUGAACGCUCACAAGUCCAUAUCCACUUGUGGCGUACUUGAGGAUCUGAUGAGGGAAGCAAGGGCGCGCAACUUUGAGGGGUUUAACCCGAAGGCGAGGGUCAUUAUAUGCUUAGAACCACACCCACACUUCCCACGGUUUCUCAUAAACCACGCUCGGGUGGUGAAGGUCCGGUCGUCCCUCUCCACAUCGUUAACAGUGCUUUCACACACCAUGACAGCUUCCAUGACGCGGGAUCGUGUCGUUACUGGGGGCUCCUUUUGUACCAUUGGUGAAACCUCUGAGAACCGAGAUGAUCCGGGACGCCAAGGCAGGGGCAAACGGCGUGUGCGAAUUAAUGCUGCAGUGGAUGUAGUGGAGAUCGCCCCUCGUGAAGUGAUCGAGACACAACUGGUGAGGGAGGAACAUUUAUCGGAUGGCCGUUUGGCCCUCUGCGCCACUUUCUCGGGUGUACCGGGUGAUAGGUUUCUAUGCGUAGACGUGGCUGGUGAGGACGGGCGUUUUGCCGUGGGCUCCUCCAUGGGAAAUGUGUACUUUGUGGACCGAUUUGGUAAGUCUCUGUUGCAAACCCACGUCCAUGACAGUUCCAUUUGGGAUCUCAGUUCCCACGACAAGUUUCAUUUCGCCACUGCGUGUGAAGACGGCACGUGUGUUGAGUGGGCCUUCGAUUUGGACUGCGGAGAGGACGUCGUGCUAACACCAUCUUACACGGCUUCACUUGGUAAUGAUGCCUACUGUCUGUCGUACGUAAAAAGCCUCGGUUCGCAAUAUCCAUUUUUACUACUCGGGGGGCUGCGACAUGAGUUGCUUCUUCUCCGCGGCGGUGGGAAUACUUCCAUGCGGAUUUCCAUCCCCGCUAAUGCACAAGUUGUGGAUGCUUUUGGGAAUGAACCCGUUGCACUCGUAGGAGGUAGUGAUGGGACGGUGAUGGCUGUUAAUGUGGAUGUGGGUUUGUCUGUCGUACAGUUUGCCGCGCACACACGCAAGCUUCCAGCCCUGACGGUGCGGAACAGCAAUAACUUUUUCACCGGUUCGUUUGAUAGUACUAUCCUGUCCUGGGAUUACCGCACACCAAAACCAGUUGCUGGUAUUGCACCGAACAGCACGUCCACUGCGGAUAUAACACAUACAUUGAAGCUUAGAGGAUACGUAACUGGUUUGCAUGUAAACGAUAUGUACAUGGCCGGUAGUGUGGGCGAGAAUUUAUAUCUCUGGGAUGUGAGGAAGCUGGGCGAAGUGUUGGGUGGCCAUGUGCAAGCGUGGAAGGGACUUUCGCGUGGCAUUCGCGUGGAUUCUGUGGAGCGGCGGAUUAUAACGGCUUCACAGGACGGCGUUGCGCGGGUGUGGACUUUCGUGUAG